AUGAAUUGUCUAGUGUUGGGGGCCAACGAGGAUGAAAUAACGAGCCUCCCGGGGCUCUCACAGCCCAUUAAAUUCAAGCAAUAUUCGGGUUAUUUAAAUGCAUCCAAAGGAAGGCAUCAUUUCUAUUGGUUUGUCGAGAGUGAGACGGACCCCGAGAACGCACCGGUAGUCCUGUGGCUGACAGGAGGACCCGGUUGUAGCUCUAUAUUUGGUAUGAUUACAGAGAACGGCCCCUUCAGAGCCAAUGAGGACGGAAAGACACUCUCUAUUCAUGAAUACUCGUGGAAUACAGUGGCGAAUGUGGUUUACAUGGAGUCCCCGGUCUCUACGGGUUUCAGUUAUGACGAAACAACCACUAAUCCCCACAACGACGACGUUUAUGACGAAACAACCACUAAUCCCCACAACGACGACGUGUCCACCGCUAAUGACAACUACUUAGCCGUCGAAAGCUUUUUCGUAAAAUAUCCGCAUUUGAAGAAAAAUCCGUUUUAUAUAACGGGUGAGAGUUAUGCCGGCGUUUAUAUACCAAUGUUGGCCAAUGAGGUAUUCAAACACAACUCAACUAUCAAUUUAAAAGGACUGGCUGCUGGCAAUGCAUUACUUGAUGGUAAUCUUAACAGUCAGGCUUCGUAUGACUUUGCUUUAGGACAUGGAUUAGUGACCACUGAGUGGUACGAGAAAAAGAUUGAGAGUUGUUGUGAGUGUAAGUCUGGUCCUCAACAUGAGUGCGAUUUUCUGCAUCCAGUAAACGUAACUAAGUGCUCAUCAGUAGGCUAUGCCUCUGUCUCGACCCCCAAUCCAUACAAUAUAUAUGACGACUGCUUUCCCGACCUAUACUUACAGUACGUAUUCAACACCUACUAUAAGCCACAGUUUGACAAAAUGGGUCUCAAAUUCCCAUUGAAUGGAGAGUAUAAGGAAAAUGUGAAUAAACCGAAGUGUCCUAAGAAUGGUCACACGCCUUACCUCAACCAACCAGAUGUACGCAAAGCAUUGCAUGUGAGGGAAGGCACCAAAAAAUGGAUUGGUUGCGGCGGUUCCUACGAUGAAUCCAAGGGUUGGACAUCUCAGGAGCAGACAUCCAUUGAUUUGAUAAAUAAGUACAAAAUCGGGAGAUAUGUUGUCUAUAACGGCGACUUCGAUACGAUGUGUACCGUCAUAUCCGAUCAGCGCUUCGUUGAUAGGAUCGCCGUUUCAACCAAAAGUAAAAAGACUGAGAGUUAUAGGGAGUGGAGGGUCGAUGGAAAGCCUGAUGGAGUAAUCGGUGGUUUCGUAGAGCACUACGAGAAUGGCCUGAGCUUUGUGUUGGUCCGCGGGGCCGGACAUAUGGUGCCUCAGGACAAGCCAGAGGCCGGCCUACAGAUCUUUAAAGACUUGGAGAAGUACAGCAUGAAUGCGAUUUCUAUCACCCGACAAAUGGAUCACUAUUUGAAUAGUCCUGAAGUCCGUAAAGCUCUUCACGUUAAGGAAGGCGCCAAACAAUGGGUCGAUUGUGGCGGCUCUUACUCCGUCACUUACACCGACCGCGACACCGAUCAGACACCUAACUACGAGAAAAACCUGAGUUUCGUGUUAGUCCGCGGGGCCGGACAUAUGGUCCCUCACGACAAACCAGAGGCUGCCCUACAGUUACUCAAGAAUGUGCAAUAUUCCGGUUAUUUGGAUAUAACUGAAGGCAAACAUUACUUCUAUUGGUUCGUUGAGAGUCAAAAAGAUCCCGAGAACGCACCUGUAGUCCUAUGGCUGAAUGGAGGACCCGGUUGUAGUUCACUGUUUGGAAACCUGGGAGAGAACGGACCCUUUCGAGUGAAUUCCGACGGGAAGACCAUGGUGUUGAACCCUCACAGUUGGAAUACUGUGGCGAAUGUCAUAUAUCUUGAAUCCCCGGCCGGAACCGGAUUUAGUUAUAAAGACGACGGCGUCUAUAAUAAUACUGAUAAGUCUACGGCAGAGGACAAUCACUUAGUAUUAGAAGAGUUUUUCAAGAAAUAUCCCAAUUAUAAGAAAAAUCCGUUUUAUAUAACGGGUGAGAGUUAUGCCGGAGUUUAUAUCCCAAUGUUAGCCAAAGAAAUCUUAAGCAAAAAUUCCACAAUUAAAUUGAAAGGAUCAAUCUUUGAUCUGUCCAACUAUGUCUUCUUCUUAGCCCACGGAUUGGUUACCACUGAUUCAUAUGAACGUCAAAUUGAAAACUGUUGUGAAUGCAAAACGGGACAAGUAUUACAUGAAUGCGACUUCUUUAAGCCAGCAAAUGCUAGCAAAUGUGCAGCCACCCAACUGGAACAGGUAGACGUUCCCAACCAUUACAAUGUCUAUGAUGAUUGUGAUGCGAGUAACGGGUAUCAAGAAUUGUUUGACAAGUAUUAUCGCGAAACCUAUGAGAAACAUGGCUUUAAAUUUGCAAAGAGGGUUCAGUCUGAAGCAAAGGCUGCCAAAUGUCCGCACAAUGGCUUCGCAGAUUACCUUAAUUUAGCCGAGGUUAGAAAAGCAAUACACGUUAGGAGUGAUGCCAAACAUUGGAGCGAUUGCGGCGGUUCUUACGAUCGGACCAAAUAUAUGACACCACAGAGAGACACAACACUUGAGUUGAUUAAUACAUAUAAACUCGAGAAGUUUGUCGUCUAUAACGGCGACUUUGAUAUUGUUUGCAAUUUUAUUGGUGACCAACGCUUUGUGGCCGGACUCGGCUUUAAAUCAGUCGGACAUUACAGUGAAUGGAAAAACCCUGAUGGAUUUGUCGGUGGAUUUGUGCAAAACUACGAGAAGGGCGUGAGUUUCGUGUUAGUCCGCGGGUCCGGACAUAUGGUUCCCUACGAUAAACCAGUGGCUGCCCUACAG